AAAUGAACAAUCUAAUUUUACAAGCCAAUAGUAAUUGUUGAAUCUCCUUAAUCGUCUCUUCUAAAUCCCAAUACUAUACACGAACCAAUUUUUUGUAUAUUACUGGGAUAAAAAACAUAAACAAAAACCCUUGACCGAUCCAACUUAUUUUGCGUAUAGCAAAACAAAUUUGUUUCCAGGAACUCUUGCCAUGAACUCCACCAUCAACAAAUGGAUUGGUCUCCAAAACACGCUACAAAUGCAUAUUUUGAUGCCCUCAAAUGGAGUACUAUAUAUAUAUAUAUAUAUAUAUAUGUGUGUGUGUGUGUGUGUGUGUGUGUUCAUGUCUUUUUUUUUCAAUCUCAAAUUCUUAAAAUAUCAAUUUUUUCAAUGCAGGUCCAAACUAUUGGACUCGAUUUUGAAUUUAUAUCCCCAUCAAAGAAAUGAUGUCAUGUGAAUUGCAAUCAAUCUUGCAUGUUUGUUAAUUUGUUAUAUGAAUUUAUGAUUUUCCUUAUAAUUAUGGAUCUGUCUUUUCCCCCCUAUUUUGCAUUCUUUUGCUGGAAAUGAUGUUUGUAUAAUUGUAGGUGCAAUAAGAAAUUCGAAGAAUCAUGAAUUAUGGUGUAUGUGGCACAGCCAAGAAACCUAGCAGCUUGCGCGCGCAGAAGCCCGAGAGCAACGAGUUCAUCUCCGCAUUAGCAGCCGGGAUGAGUGCUAAACUAAUCGUGCAGGUGACAUCCGAGGUGUCCCCAUUCACUGUCGCCCUAGCAGCAGCUGCCUGGCAGACAGGGGGGAAGCUCGUCUGCAUCCUCCCCGAAUCCCGGGAGACAAUCGAGGAAUUAGGCCUCAGUGACAUGGUGGAGUUCAAAACAGGGGGACCCUGCUCAACUAUGAGAACGUCGACUUCUCCCUUGUUGACAGCAAGGCCAAUGACUAUGACCGGCUGCAGGAGACGUUGGAUGUGAACCUGAAUAGAUCAGUAGUGGUGAGUAGCAACCUGUUGGAUGGGGGGAAGGGGCUGGGAGGGUGCUUGAAACGGGUGCGGUCCAUGACGCAUUCUAUUGGGAAGGGGAUGGAGGUUACGAUGAUUGGGAAGGGCAGCGGGUUUGGGAGUAGCAAGUCGGGGAGUUAUAGCGUUGGAAGGGAGAGGGGUGAGGUGAAGAUGGAUAAGAGCAAGUGGAUCUUCAAAUUGGUGAGGAGCAUAUCUAUAGGAUGCCUAGAUCUGAGGCCCGGGGCUGCGCCGCAGUUGAGUUAGUUUUGAAGAGUCAUGGUUGCUUUUUGUAGUGUGUUUCUUUGGAUUUGUGGCAAAGGUGAAUGUGGAGAUGAACUUGAGGGUUUUUGUGUUUUCUGGCUCUUGUAAAAUAUGCUAGGAUUUUUGUUUUUUUUUUAUAGUAAAUAUAGAAUGUUUUGCCUCUCAUCUUGAAGAGUAUGCUAUGUAUGGUAUGGAAAUGGCAGAGGCUAAUUAGAUGAAUUUGUCCAAGUUAGCCAAGUGAUCAGUUUCAUAAUAA